AUUAGCGUUUCUACUGCUCCUGAGGAAGAGCCAUGCCUGAACCCUCCAAAUCUGCUCCGGCCCCGAAGAAGGGCUCCAAGAAGGCCAUCACUAAGGCGCAGAAAAAAGACGGCAAGAAGCGCAAGCGCAGCCGCAAGGAGAGCUAUUCCAUCUACGUGUACAAGGUGUUGAAGCAGGUGCAUCCCGACACCGGCAUCUCGUCCAAAGCCAUGGGCAUCAUGAACUCGUUCGUCAACGACAUCUUCGAGCGCAUCGCGGGCGAGGCGUCCCGCCUGGCGCAUUACAACAAGCGCUCGACCAUCACGUCCCGGGAGAUCCAGACGGCCGUGCGCCUGCUGCUGCCCGGGGAGCUGGCCAAGCACGCCGUGUCCGAGGGCACCAAGGCCGUCACCAAGUACACCAGCUCCAAGUGAGCCCAACGGCCGCUGACCGCAACCCAAAGGCUCUUUUCAGAGCCACCCACUUGAUCGAAAUUGAGCUGUAAUUACUACCGUAGCCGUGAAUCCGAGCUCCCAUUUCCUGUUCUGAGUGUGGCUUUUCGGGAAUGCCACUAGAAGGGCGGGAAAGAUGGCCCUCCAGCCAUAGGAAGGACAAAAGGUUUGAAUUUCCCGCUCUUCCCAAUCGCGCCACUUCACUGACUGGCGGGGAAGGCCCAGGUCGGGAGAGGAAGAUGUGCUGGUGUUUCUUGGUAAACUUUUUUCAAAGAACCCGGACUCCCAAAAAUAAUCCCCAGUAGACAGAAAAUGACCUUGGUUGAGGAAGAGGAGGUAAUGGAUCAGCUCUAAAUCCGGGACGGGGAGGAGAGGAGA